AUGGGUUCAAGUAAAUCAAUGUUAAAGCGGUCUAUGAUACGUGGUGAUGAAAUACAAGUUUUACAAGUUUAUCGUUCUCGUUCCGAUAUUCGACGCCAUAUUGAUCCUAAUCUAGUAUUAAAUGAAGAUGGUGAUACAUUUGUACAUUAUGCAAGUCAUUUUGCUAUGAAAACAUUUCUCAGGAAAGAACUUAUAUUAAAUGUAUUAUUGAACCAAUGGGAUAGUCAGGGAUAG